ACACACAUCCCCUUCAUAAAGCUUUGUGCAUUCAAUACAUUUUGAUAGCAGCCAUUGACUGAGAGCAGUUCAGUUAUAGUUUUGACUAAUACAUGAUUUCAUCAAGAGAAAUACUGUGGGAAGUUGUUUUCCAACCUUAUAUCCAUAUUAUCUACUUCUUUAGUCACUUCUUCCAGGUACACAGGUCUCCAUGAGUCGUAGGCAGGACCUGGACCAUGCUUUCAAAGGCACCCGAUUCCCUUGGACCCAACAGAGGAUGGAGUUUGUCCUCAAUGAACUCAUCUCUAGGCACAAGAAGUAUAAGGCUUAUACCAAGCUGAUAGAUGUUUACAUCAUAUUGGCAGAGAAGAUAGGAGCCACUCCUAGAAUUGUGGAGAACUUCAUCAAAAACUUAGGGCGGGAUUACCGAGAAUGGAUGAAGGUGAACCCCAACUGUGAUCGCGACACGAUGACCCUCCGUGGAUCCAACAUAAUCUUUAAGAUGUUUGAAGAAUACAAUAGGAUUUACUCGAGUGAGGAUUCAUCGAAUAGCUAUCAGAAUAAAUUAUCAGAGUACACCUUGGACGAACAGGACAGCUUGGUAACCAUACCUGAUGGAAAGAAUGAAGACGAUGACAGCCCACAAUACGUAGAAAUAAUUGAUGCCGACUUGAAGGAGGAGCCAGGACUUGAGGAGGACAAUGCUGCUUUUCAGAUCACAUCGGUCACAAGUAUAUCAUCUCCGGCUAGAAGUGACAAUCCACCCUCUCCAAUCCCACCACCGCCUCCACUGCCAAGGAUUCCAAAGUCACAAGGAAGGCGAUCUAUGGUCACCAUGCCAGUAACGGAACAAUCUUCUGUUUCUGCCUUAAGGCAGCACGAGUCGGCGGGCCUUCAGGACAUUGUAGCAAUGCAGCAGGACAGGGAUCAAAUUGCCCAAAUGACACACAUGAACCCUCAAUCAGCUGGAAAUGUCCAUACUCCCUCUCCUGUUUCCAAUUCUGCAUACGCGUCAGCAACAAACCCAGGUCUGCUGUCCACCAUCUCUUCACUCCCAUCUCUGCAGCAUCCGCAGUUCCAUCUUCCACAAGGCCAGACUUCAUCUCAAGGUGUUGGUUCCAGCUUCAUCCCUCUUCAUCUCAUCCAGAACGGGGGAAUCCCUCCUUCUGUGUACACAACCCAAUCUUCAGGAUCCUCCAUUCCUUCUGCAGAAGUACGAAGCACUAAUCCUGGCACGUCAAACAAGCGUCCACUGAAGACCUCUCAUGACACCCAGCCCCAUUCCUCGAAGAAGAGCCGUUCAAGUAACGUGCCACUUGUUGCAGAGAACUUGCCAGAUGGUAUGAGUGAAUUUGAGAAUCGCUAUUUACAGGCUUUGGACACCCAAAAUAAGAUGCUGUCCGAUAUCGGGAGGGAGCUGAAGCUUCUCAGGACUGGAUUCUUUGCUAUUCAUUCUGAUGAUAUAGCCGAUAUGGUGAACCCUAACAUGCAUUAGUGUCACCAAAUGCAAAUGUUGGUGGUUACAUGUACAUGCAACACAAAAUAUCAACUAGUAUUUUUUCACUGCAUUUAAGGAAACAGUAUGGCUUGAAAGCAUGUAAAGGAAAAUGAACCCCCCCCCCAAAAAAAAAAAAAACAGUUGCAUUGCACGAAACGAAUUAUCAAAGAAACAUAAUACAUGUACUGUAGAAAAAUUUGAGAAAAAUGUUUACAAACAAUUAAUUAUGAGCAUUUAAAUUAAAUGUAGAGAUCAUUAAUUAGUGCUUAAUGGAGGUCCUCCCAUUGGCAAUGUGAUCAAGAUGUGUGAACACCUUCAUCAUGUAGUACAUGUACAUACAUGUGUUUCACUUUAUAAAAAUCUAAAUCAUUGCCAAGGGGAAGAUCUUCAUUGCAUUUAAUAGUGAUCUAUUCUUAACAUUCAAAUGAUCAUUAUUUUCUAUUUUCUUAUAACUUUCUUAGCAUCUUCCAGUAUUUCCCAAACUUUCACUGAUUUUAUUUUUUUUACACUUGUUUUUUCCUCGAAUAGAGAAAGUGAAAUAAUAGUUGCUUCUGUAUCAUGUUAUAAAAGCUAUUAAAAAUAUUAAACGUACCCUCCCAUGUCAAGAGUUUUGUAAUAAAUUGCAAAGUGAAAUUUAUUCCUUUAAUUUUUUUCUCAAUUUUAUGUAACGUACACUCCAGGCUGGAAGAUAUUUAUAUCUUAAUAAAUACCGGUAGAGUAAAAUUCACAGAGCAAAAUGCUGAAUAUUUGAUCAAAAUCGGAAAACAAACAAAGUUAUUAAAAGAUUUGCAUUAUUCCGGUGAAACAGUUCUAGGCAUGUCUUCAUGAUUAUUCAUUAGGUGUCACAUCCCCACUCUCCUUUUUCUUAGAAAUCAUUAUUGUUUCAUUUUUUCAUAAAUGUGUAAAUGAUGGGUCGCCAGACUUGCCAUUAUGAUGAAAUUAGUUGCAGCAAGAAAUAACUAAUGCACUUUAUCAGUUGUCGAUCCAAUUGUUUUAGUUCUUGGUAGAAAAUUUUUGAAUAAACCUAAUUUCAUAUAAUACAAAAGAACAAGCAGGGAUAUGACAUCAUCAGCCCACCUAAUAAAUAUUAAUGAAGACGUGCCUAGAACUGUUUCACCGGAAUAAUGCACAUUUUAAAAAUUCAAUAACUUUGUUAUUUGUUGUCUAAUUUUGAUCAAAUUUUCAGCAUUUUGCUCUGUGAAUUUUACUCUAUUUAUUGAGAUGUACAUAUUUUCAGCCCGGAGCAUCCCUUUAACACUACAGACCAAUUAUGGCCAAUAAUUUGGUACUAAAAAUAUGUGUAUUUUGCUAGGCCACUACUUCGUGGCUUCAAAUUACUAAUCAACAUGUACUCAUACAAAUGUUUAUUCACCUUUGUCAUUAAAAGAACAAAGGCACAAGUCCUAUGUUAGAGGGUAACAAACAGAAUUGAAAUGUACAUUUUGUGGGAAAUUUUCUUUGUAAUCUCAUACAUUUCAUUUUCUAUUUCUGAACCUACAUGUAUUUUAUUACAUGUAUUUGUAAUUUACAAUCUAACAUCAAUCAAUAUGAAGCCAUUUUCAUACUGGCCCAAAAACAUACAUGUAGCUAAUACAUGUAAAAUUUGUAAAUUAUAAUUUCCAGCUAUCUCACUCUUAUUUAAAUCUACUUGGGAGUUAUUCAAACUAAUUCCUCUUGUUGUUAAAAAAAAAAAUUCUCAUCAAGCCUUGUGUUAUUCUGUUACAGUUGUAGAGCUAUAUAGACAAGGGUGCCAGGCAAAUUUGCAUGGAUACACGUGCCCCUGAGCCAAAUCUUGUUCUUUGCGAGGGUGACCACUUUCUUCAAAAUCAUCAGAAAUCUACCACAAUAAUUUUUGUUCUACAAUCGUACAUACCUCAUAAUUAGUUCUAGGCCUCCAAUAAUGGGAAUUAAAGUUCAAUAUUUAUCUGAUGUACAGUAAAGCUACAUGUACAUGUAUAUGCUAUAAACUAUAGUCACUUUUACAGGUACCAAAUGUAGAGUACUCAGGUGUGAUGUGCACACACAAAAAAACCACCUCCUAAAAUAGAAUAUUCCCAAUGUUGUCGUUCGGUAAAAGGUCCCAAGGCUGAAAAUAAAAUAGUCCUUUAUGAUUAUAAAGAUAAUCCUACAUGUAUGUUGUGGAUGAUCUCUUGUCAAUUUUCCAAGGGCUGUUAAUAGCGUUUCACACAUACACUUGUUAUUUAUUGUUGUCUCUAGUAUUCAUUAAAUGUCAACUUGUGUAAAGUCUAAA